AUGGAUAACUUGAAUUACUCAAACACAAGCAACGCAAAAGGCACUAACAACUCAGGGGACGACUGUUCUCUUGAAGCCGCUCAUGGCAUUAGCCUCCUCACAAGUAACUUGCUGGUGUGUAUAAUAGGCUCACUUGGCAACUUACUGGUGUGUGUGGCUGUUGGAACAAAUCCUCGUCUUCGGCGAAGCUCGAAUUUCCUUUUGUUCAGCUUAGCGAUCGCUGAUUUGAUUGUCACCAUGGUAUGCGAGCCAAUUUUUGUCGCCGUUCUUGUCAAGAAAACAUUUUUCAACGACUGCGCACUGAGCAUUGAAGUCCCCUACCUUGCGUUGUCAAGACUCUCUUGCACUGCCUCCGUUGCACACAUGGCUGCUAUCAGUGUUGAUCGUUUUAUCGCCGUUGUAUUCCCUCUACGCCACAGAUAUGUCAUGGGGAACCACGCAGUAACGAGUAUGUUGGUAAUGUCUUGGACGCUGCCAAUUUCAGUUCUCCUCAUAGAUCGAUUCGUUCCAGAGUCUUUCCCCAAGGGAUUCCUAGCUCUGGGCAUGUUCACUUUAUUUUACCUUACCAUAUUUAUGUCCUACUCCCUCAUUGUGAUCGCGUUGCUUAAAAACAGAAAGAAGAGAAACAAAUUACGAGCUCGAUCUCAAACUGGCGAAGACAAUUUCCGUGUUGAGGUUCGCGUAGCGUUCACACUGGCAAUUGUCAUUUCGGUAUUCACUGCCUGCUGGAUCCCGUUUUUCUUCUUCUUUACGGCAACUGGUAAACUUUCUUUGAAGCGUUAUGGCUCUGCACACAUGUGGAUCAGGACAUUGGCGCUGUCCAAUUCUGCAAUGAACUUCCUCAUUUAUGGACUAAGGCUUGAAAGCUUUCGCGAAAGCUUCGUUUCAAUUCUCCGAACGGUUUUUAAAAAGUUCACUGCAUUGUGCAAGCGGAAAAAAUUUCCCACACAGUUGGAUACCGUGUACAGUAAGCGACAUUACCUAAAAAAAAACAGUCAUGUCAGAGGCCCUUUUUCACCAACAGUGGCUCACCAAACACUUAUCAAGCACGCUUAGACAUGGACUACGAGUGUAUAUCUAGUUAAAGGGGCUGUGUCACGGCAGUCCAGUUCAUUUUGUUUAAUUUUGCCAAUUACUCGCCCUCUAUCGCUAUGGAACUUAAAGUAAGCAAAGAAAUUACAUGUAAAUGACAAAAUCAGAGAUCCGAGACAAACAAAUAUGUCUCCUGAGCAUUAUUUUUUAAGUUGCAAGCAGCAGAGAUCAACUUUGAACAACUGUUAGGCUGAACAGUUUUCAAAAAUCCUGAUUUCAAUCCGUUUCAAUCUUCUUCAGUUUUUCCCAUCCGUGGCAUCUGUUGUUUCUGUUAUGUUAUUUUAACGUUCCUUUAAAGUCUUAAGCGGUUAUUUUUAUGUUUCUCUUAAUUUAACGGGCAUUUUGUAAUUUCCUAAUUUGGCUGAAUUUUGUGACACAGCUCCUUUAAUAAAGAGAAGAUGGUAAGGAAUACUACCAUAUACGUCUUCUAAAUGUCUCAAAGAGAAUCCGUUAUAGACAGGUAGUUUCGAGAUGACAUUGAGUUAAAGCAGGAGCCUACAACUUGGUUAUGCGGUCCUGGUCAAAGUCGCUCAAUAAUUAACCAAAACUCUCUUUACGCUACAUGAAACAGUUACCAUUUUCUACGUUAGUUAACUAUGUACAAGGUAUUCCUUUCUGAUCUAGAGGGGAAUAUAGGAGGGUUGCAUACAACAUCUUAGCUGAGCAGCCUCGGCUAGGCUGAUAAAUAAAGAUGGCCGCUUUUAAAUUGCAGAUUUAUUCAUCAUUUUACCUGACGUCUCAAUCCGCUCAGUGCGACCAUCUUUCACAUUAAGUUAGGUAUUUAGAUAGGUGUAGCUUGAACAUAAGAGGCAGAAUGGCCGAAUGAUCAGCUCGUUGGACUGGCAAUCCAGCGGGCCCGGGCCUCAGUGGAGUCUCGCCUUGGCCACUUGCUGGAUUUGUUCUCGGUCGUCCCGAGUUUAAAUCCUCGGCCAUGCCAAGUCCUAAAUAGGAAACUAGUUGCCUCCUGCCAAUUGAGUUUUUUGAUCCGGUUAUGCGUUAUCACGAAGAUCAACGAUCGUCGUCUUCGUCUAUUCUGCGAAUGCUUGGCAAUCUCCAAAAAUAGGAACAUUUGACAAUUUCCUGAGUAUUCUCAGGAAUUCCCGAGAUUUUUCAGAAAUUCAUUUAACCGUUACCACGCAAGUCUUGCAAAAACUAGCACAUUGAAGCUUGCAAGGCUUGGACUGAACUUCUGCUAUUUCUAAGCUUAACUAUUUACAGAUAAUAACACUACAAUAGAGGACAAAAUAAAAUACAACGUUACCCGCAGCGGUACACGCUCGCCUGGUGCGAGACCAAUCUCGUCAUUACUACAGUAUUCGUAUUUUGUUGUUCCCGUAGGGCGAAGGAUUAAACCUUUUUGGCAGCAGAUUAUACUCAAAGAAAGAAAAUCGCCGUUGUACUUACAUUUUCUAGUCGCAAAACACAUAUUUGAUAGCGGAUGCCUGACCUCGAUUUGCACGGAUCCGUUCCUCCAAAGCCUCAGUCGCUGACGAUACAUAUACCUGAUAAACAUUUUGUUUAGUGAUGAAAACAAAGUAUAGGUGUCCGCAGAGUUGACAUAUAAGGGUUUAAAGCAUCAUAUAGAGUAGUCAAGACCGGUUACUACUUUCAAGACCGUCUCCUGCAGUACACUCUGUUUACGGCCGCCAAAAAUCAGUUUUAAAAACAACAAUGGGGCGCUUUGUCAUGGUUUCGCCACGUGAUCCCGGGGCGCAAAGUACUUUUCUAUCGCGCGCGAGGGUCGUGUGUGUUUAAAGACUAUGUACUACUGUAGGUAAAAUAGCGAAUUAUAUAAUAGUCUCACUAUAGUGUGCAAUGUGUGUUAUGAUUUUAAGUUAUUUGGAUAAAAAGUCGACGGACAUAGGACUUUAUAAGACUCCAAAUAAAGUAUUGUCUUGUCUUGUCUUGUCUAAAGUACUUCAGUGCGACACUUUUGUUGGAAAACUUAUGAAAGGAAGAUGACGGUAUACGGCAGAAUUUCAGUUUUAGCCCUGGUUUUCAUGCAAUAAAAAAAAAGAGGUGAGUUAGCUUGCAAUUGCAACUUCUAUUUAUUAUUCAGCUCAAGGCUUAUUUUAGAUAACUCCCUGUUCAUAUAGUAUCCGAUUGCGGGACUUCUACAAGGUUAACUGCGGAUUUGUGUCAAAAUUUGAUAAUAAAGGGUGUAAAUUAUAUAAUUUCAGAAUUUGUUUUUCGUUCAAAAUGUUUGAAUUAAAUAAUGCUAACAGCUGCAUGUCCACUUAAGGGCCUGUUUACAUGGAAGUGGGGGACCCCAGGUAGGUGAGGUAACCCGCCUGUGCAUACAAUCUCUCAUUUUAAUGUGAUGACGUUUACAUGUUAGGUGGGGUAACCCGCCACAUGUUACCUCACCUACCUGGGGUCCCCCACCUUCAUGUAAACAGGCCCUUGGAAUAAUGUGCUUUGAACCGAUACAGGUCGAUGAUGACUUGUUGAUCUUUCAUUAUUCACACUUCCACGUUACGUUGUGAACUGAUCGAUAGGGUAUAUGCGUGCAUUUGGGAGAAUAACUGUUUGUUUGAAAUUUAAUUCCGAAAAAUAUCAGGUCCACACUGAUUAUAUGAUUGUAACAACUUAUUUUUCAAAAUAAUUUAAUUUAAAAUAUACGUAAAGGUCGAUAUAGAUUGAUUUAACAAGGUACUGAGUCGGACACGACAAGGGUUUAAACAUUAACUUGGGUUUAAUUAAUAUAUCAACGAAAGACACACUGCAAAGUGAAGGGCGUAACGAUUUCAGAAAUUGGAUGUUUGAUUUAUGCGCGAACUUCUUCAGAUUGUCUUUUUUAAAAAUUACUUUAUUUAAUUUGUAUUUACGCAAGAGCAAAUAUGGCUCUUGAUUCACAUUACUCUCGAGAACUGUUAGGAAUCCACGAAAAAGUUGAAAUUCUGGUAGAUGCGCUCUUAGAUGAUUUAUUUUACAAUUUCAUAGAGGGUCUUCAUAAUGUCACAGGAUUUGGCAACAGUUCUCAAGAAAUCCUGACCAAGUUUUCCCUUUACUUGUCUUUAGCUGUUCUUUACUUCUACAAAAAAAGUAGUUUCACGUUAUUUUCAUCCAAGGGGUAGNUGCGUGGGGGGGGCAGGCUGGUGUUUUUUUUUGGUGGGGGGUGGCGUUUUUUUUUUGUCUUUUUUAACCAUUAUAUCAAAUUUUUUUUUUUUUUUUUACGUAAACAGAAUGUUUUGCUAGAACCCCGGUGGAUAACAGAGGGGGGGGGGGGGGGAGGCGCACCGCUGCAUUCUCCCCCCAUGAAAAAAGAAUUUAAAAAAAACACACGAAAUAAUUACCCCUUCAUUUGCCUAAGCUUUGUUGUUAGAAACUAAGGUAAAGUUUAAAUUACAUCACACGAGGAUAAGAACUUAAGAAUAUCAACAUUUGUAAAAUCAAAAGAGAAUGAUCUCUUGGCAAACUUUAUUUAGCUUCUAGUACAUGAAGAGAUGCUCGAACUACGAGAUUUGACCAUGCCACUCAAUCAUCCAACGCAACUCUGCCAGGAUAAGUUCACAAUCAAGAAUGAAGAAUUAAGAAUCUCAAUCAUCAUUUCUUGUCGUAUUAAAGGUGUUAAGAAGUAAAACCGUAAACAACUCUGACAACUCUUCUACUCGACCACAGCCACCACACUUUUUUAAUAACACGGAGAAUUAAUUUUGGGCCUUUCACUUGAAAAUAUAAACUCUGUUACAUACGUAUUGGAGGGUUGGCCCUUCUUUUAGUCUUGUGGGUCUUCCAAACAGAAACAUAGUUUGAUAGACUGCAUCUAGAGAGAUGAAGUGAGGGCAUCGGAACAACGACUGUUUACGAUCAAUGUUCACUGGUCUCGUUCUUAGCGUAGCAAACCGCAUGUAAUGACAAACGCAAGACCAGAAGAAAGGAAAACGUAAGCUCCACAUUACCGCGGAAAAAAAUUGGUUGUCGCAAAGAAACCAAUGACCAACAGGACCAAAAGCGAAUUCACUUCACACUCUCGAAUCGCUGCGAAGACCAAAUUCUUCUUGUUGUUCCCAGCCUGUUCCGCGCAAGCUCGCUUCAGUUCUCGAAUGAUUGACAGAUUUCUUAACUGGGGCGAUCAUGGAAAGCCGAAAAGCGGCAAGAUCAAAGGUUGUUGCCUGCCCUCCCUGUUUUCAUCCAUACGAUUGUUUUAAACUGUUUUCAUCUGCUCAUUUUCUACUUUGACUCUUAUCUCUCUUCAGAAGUUGCUGACUAUCCGAUAAUCGAAUUGAAAUUCAUUAUCUUCGGGCCCUUUAAAUUUCAGGAAUUAAUGCAGGUCUUCUUCACUUCUUUGCAUAGAUAGCUCUAAUAGACAUUGUUGUAUGCGUGAAGCAUAUUUCAAAACUGAUAACGUUAUUAUGACGUCAUGACACGUCAUGAGCUGCGGUCACGUCAUCAUGCCACUGCAGGUGUACGAGGCUGAUGACGUACGACAAAGCUGCUCCAUUUCACUGCGACGGCGAUAAUAGCUUUCGCGUUAUAGCCUCCCAAGAUCAGAAACAAAACAAAACAAAAAAAAAAAAACAACGACAACAACGGUUGAUGUCCUUUUUUUAGGAUGGGAUAGGGAACGUUUUACGGCACAAGUGGCAAAAGCUGAGGGUGUGGUAACUUCGCAGCUGUACUUAGGGCAAAGCGAAGAAGGGGCGGGCCCGGCUUCAUGCCCCGGCAGGGGUACGAGGGGGAUGAGGUACAACAAAGAUGCUCCAUUUUACUGCGACGGCGAUAAAAGAUUUCGCGUUAUAGCGCCCCAAAAGCAAAAAAAAAACAAAAAAAAAAAAAAAAAAACAACGACAACAACGGUUGAUGUCCUUUUUUUUAGGAUGGGAUAGGGAACGUUUUACGGCACAGAUGGCAAAAGCUGAGGGUGUGGUAACGUCGCAGCUGUACUUAGGGCAAAGCGAAGAACGAAGGCCAGGUCAUUAUAAUCGUUGCCAUUUACACGAACUCUAUAUGAUAUCGCCAAUUUAGAGGAGAACUUGAAGGGCUCUAUAUAUUCAGCCAAAACAAUACCUUCGACCCCUUCUUUUUUUUUAAAUGUGGAGAUCGCUAAUUCGACUGGGAAGUAAUUUAUCCAGCAGAGGGAACUGCUUGAACCACCUAAGUUUUGAGUACGAACUGCUGCAGUCUAGAGUCAAAGCACAGAAGGAACGGGUCUUUGAAACAGUUGCGUGACCAAAUGCCUCUUUGUUUCAUGAUUCCAUGGAAUCGAGCUGUUAAACAUUCAAACAUUCUAUAAAUAGACUAUAUAUGCGACUUACAAAUUAAAAUAGAAAAUCAUGCAUUCAUCUCCCUCUCACUUUAUAUUAUAUUAGCUCUUCAUAUUCAAAUAGCUACGUGUAUUUCUAGCGAAAAGACGCACUGGAGACUCUAUUUUUAGCUUUUUGGGCCGGGGUAGUGAUUUCAUCAUAAAGGCAGCAUUACGUAACUAAGGACUGGUCCUCCCAGUUGUGGCGUUUUAACAUUGACAACCGCUAAAGAAAAAAGUUUAAAAAUUUUCAGUUCAGGUUCAAGAAACACGGCCGGUGAAAGAUUAACGGUUGAUAAACGAAGACUUGCAUCCCUUUCACUGAACAAUUGCACUGCUUUAGGUCAGUCACAACACUCACAGUGCUCAAGUUGACGCAUGCACGUUCUUGGUUUUGCCUCAAAACUUUGUAUUGGUUGACGUAAACAGUUGUUUAGAACUUAAUAUCCUUUUCAUCUCAAGGUCACAAGCUUGCAUAUAAAAACGAAAUUUAAGUUAAAGUUUUUAAUUUGCUCCAUAGCUUUUCUGCGCCCGUUAUAUCAACUUCGUUUAAUUCUGUUGAAAUCGAGGUACCUUAACUUCUUCCGUUUACUGAACAAAGGAUAGAAAAGCCUUACUGAUUAUCUUGUUGUGUAUCAUAUCGUAUUAUAUAUCAUAUCAGACCCUGAAGCAAGCACAGAGAUGAACGUCUAUUUGGUAAACAAAAGUUAUCUCAGUACCAACCUCUCGGAAAAUGAUUGUUCGCUUCCUUUUGCUCAUGGUGUUAGUCUCAUCGCAGUGAAUGCUACGGUGGGUUUGUUUGGAACUCUUGGCAAUUUGCUGGUUUGUGUAGCUGUUGCUUCAAAUCCUUGUCUUCGACGUAGCUCCAACUUCCUCCUUGUCAGCUUAGCUAUAGCUGAUUUAAUCGUCACCAUGGUAUGCGAACCUCUCUUCCUGGUGAUCCUCGUCGAUAGGACCAAUUAUAACAGCUGCGCGUGGAAAGUAGAGUUUGUCUUCGCUUUACUCUCCAAUCUCUCGGCUUCUGUGUCCGUCUCUCAUAUGGCCGCAAUCAGCAUUGAUCGCCUUCUCGCUGUUAUCUAUCCCCUACGCCACAAAAGUAUUAUGGAGACCUUCGGAUUGAAGGCUCUUUUAAUCAUCAGCUGGACUUCAGUCGCUGCGAUUUUUGCUUUGGUCCAAGGAAUACCAGAUGUGUCAGUCACAGUUAGAUUACGAAUCAAUUUGGUAGCAUUCACACUAUGCUAUACCAUUGUACUCAUAUCAUACACUGCGAUUGUGAUAUCUCUAGUCAGACAACGAAAACUGAGAAACCAACUCAGAAAUGGAUCUUCUAAUAACCCAACCCCUCGCCGCAUGGAACUGCGCGUGACCUUCACCCUCGCGAUUGUCAUCAUCGUCUUUACAGCUUGCUGGUUUCCACUGUUUGCUAUCUUUGCUGCAGCCGGUAAAUUACUCGUCAAGUUGUAUGGUACUGUGCAUAUGUGGGUGAGGAGUGUCGCUCUUUCAAAUUCCGCCAUGAACUUUCUUAUUUAUGGGUCAAGGAUGAGAAAUUUUAGUGACGCUUACACCACCAUUUUUCGGAAAGCUUUCGGUUUUGUU